UUUUAACAAAAAGUAUACUCAAUUAGUUGUUAAACUAUGCAAUGUUCUAUAUAUUCUUUUUUUAAUUUCCUACACGUAGUUAAUUUUUUUUGUAAUAAUAAAUACAAUAAAGUUAGAUUAAUUACGAAUAAAAUUAUUCAAAGGGUGGCAAAAAUCUAUUAAGGGUAUCUAAGUUUUGAAAGAAUAGAAUUUUAAACAUCAUGAGUAAUGAGGAAGCUAGUGAAAUUGAAAAUAAAGACCCAGGUCAAUGCUGUUCGUGCCGAGAUAUCCUUUGGUACGUAGUAUUCGCAGGAUUCGCCGUUAACUAUAUGGUUAGAAUGAAUCUGAAUAUAGUCAUAGUAUCUAUGGUUGCACCAAAACCCAAGGACAAUAUUUCGAUAACGAGCGAAUGCAUUGCACAAGAUCCGUUGAAGAGGAAUCUAGGAACUCCUUUGCUUUUAAAUCAAACGAACUCAACCUCAGAAAAGAUGCCAAACUCUACGUUGACUAAACCAAACCUUGAGGAACAGUAUUUUGACUGGAAUGAGUACGAUAUAAGUUUAAUCUUAGGAAGUUUCUUUUGGUUUCAUUGGACAACCCAAAUUCCAGGAGGAGUCCUCGCAACUAAAUUUGGAACCAAGCGUGUCUUUGGGUUUUCUAACUUCAUUGGAGUUGCACUAAACUUUGUUAUUCCUUGGUUAGCCCACAGGGGAGCGAUUCCUCUUAUAAUUUUAAGAAGUUUACAAGGACUAUGUUUAGGUGUUUCUUGGCCAUCUAUGCAUAAUUUGGUUUCAAAAUGGAUUCCUCCAAACAGCAGAAGUAAUUUUAUAUCAGCGUAUAUGGGCAGUUCAGUUGGUAUAGCUAUCACAUACCCCUUAUGCGGUUUGAUUAUCGAAAGAUGGGGUUGGGAAGCAGCGUUUUAUUCCUGUGGAGUCAUCGGUACAGUUUGGUUCCUAGUUUGGUGGUAUCUGGUAUACGAUAGCCCUUCUGAGCAUCCUCGAAUAACGCCAGAGGAAAAGAAGUAUAUUAUAACAAGUAUAGGAAAGAAUUUGUCAGACAAAAAACUUUCUAUUCCCUGGAAAGCAAUAUUCACCGACAGGACUGUUUGGGCUAGUUUCAUUGUUUAUUUGGGUACUGGUUGGAGUUUAUACACUUUAAUGGUUAACAUGCCGACUUAUUUCAAAUUUAUUCAUGGAUGGGAUAUACGUUCGACUGGAUUCAUUUCUGGAAUGCCUCAUUUAUGCAGAUUAUUAUUCGCAUAUACUUUUUCCAUGUUUGGCGAUUUCCUACUUCGAAAAGAAAAGAUUAGUAGAACCAAUCUCAGAAAAUUGGCGACAGUUUGCAGCAAUGGACUAGAAGGAGUGUGUAUGAUUGCACUGGCCUACGUAGGAUGUCAUAAAAUAGCUGCCGUUGUAAUAUCAGCGGUGGCUGUCAUUUUUCAUGGAGCAAUUACCACUGGCGUACUUGCGGGACAAGUAGAUAGGUGCCCGAAUUAUUCAGCUAUUUUUCUCGGUAUUACCAAUGCUGGAGCUACCCUUAUUGGAUUCUUUUCGACAAUGGUUGUUGGAUUAUUUACAUUUCAAAAUCAAUCCACAGCUCAAUGGCAGAAGGUGUUUUGGCUAUGCGCAGUUAUUCUCUUCUCCAGCUGUCUUUUUUAUGUUUUAUUCGCAUCGGCUGAAGUUGCAGCUUGGAAUAACCCAAGCGAAUCACUUCCAGAGGCUAAGAAGUUGGUUAGUAAUAGCAAAACUGGAAACAAUAAGGAUAGGAAAGGAAAUAAUGAGUCUGAGAACACAAUUUAGUGCUAAAGUUUGUAAAUAAUGGUGUUUCUGAGACUGGAUGUGUGUUCGGUGAGAUGUUUGUUUGUGUAAUAUACUUAUUUAAUUUUUAACGUAAUUAUAAAACUGUUAUACUGAAAAUAACUGAGAGGGA